CUCAAUUUCAAACGCAGAAUCGGCAUCCGCUUCUUUACCUCCUCUUCUCUUCUCUAUAUAUACAUCACAUAUACAUAUAUCACUCUCUUUGUCGACUUUCGAGAAAAAUGGCUUUACCAAAUCAGCAAACUGUUGAUUACCCAAGUUUCAAACUUGUUAUUGUCGGUGAUGGUGGAACUGGAAAAACUACAUUUGUGAAGAGGCAUUUGACUGGUGAAUUUGAGAAGAAAUAUGAACCAACUAUUGGUGUGGAGGUUCAUCCUUUGGAUUUUUUCACCAACUGUGGGAAGAUUCGGUUUUACUGCUGGGACACAGCCGGACAAGAGAAAUUUGGUGGUCUUAGAGAUGGAUAUUACAUUCACGGACAAUGCGCAAUCAUCAUGUUUGAUGUAACUGCCAGGUUGACAUACAAGAAUGUUCCCACAUGGCAUCGUGAUCUUUGCAGGGUAUGUGAGAAUAUCCCGAUUGUACUAUGUGGAAACAAGGUUGAUGUGAAGAACCGUCAAGUGAAAGCAAAGCAGGUUACUUUCCACCGUAAGAAGAACUUGCAAUAUUAUGAGAUUUCAGCGAAGAGUAACUACAACUUUGAGAAGCCAUUCCUCUACCUUGCCAGGAAACUUGCUGGGGAUCCAAACCUGCACUUUGUAGAGUCUCCUGCUCUUGCCCCACCAGAGGUUCAAAUCGAUCUUGUUGCUCAACAACAGCAUGAGCAAGAGCUUGCACAAGCUGCAAACCAACCCCUUCCAGAUGACGAUGAUGAUGCUUUUGAUUAGAGAAAAGAUUCUCAUUUGACAUGGAUGAAGGAUUUGAAGUCGUGAUGGUUUUUUAUUUUAUCUUUUUUUACUCAUCUCCAAGAUUUGUUUGGGAGCCAGACGAGAAAGAUAUUAUUCUUGUACUUGGAUUAAUGAGAAUGUAUGUCUAUGUAGACUGUUAUCAACUCAUGAUGUUUUCACUAUGCGAGGUUUACUUUUUGAAUGCUUUUGAACCAAA